AUGGUCAUCAAACUAGUUUAUGUAGAUGAUCUAUUGAUCACUGGAAGCAAUCCUCAGCUAGUCAAUGAUGCUAAGAAGACAUUACAAAUCCAAUUCAAGGUGAAAUAUUUGGGAGAACUAAGAUACUUUCUUGGUAUUGAGGUCCUUAGACCACAAAAAGGGAUUCUGCUGAACCAAAGAAAAUAUGCACUUGAGUUGAUUUCAGGAGUAGGUCUAAGUGGUUCUAAGCCUGUUUCAACACCUCUAGAGUUGAAUCAAAAGCUUACCACAUUAGAGUAUGAUGCUCGUGUAGGAAAGCUAGGAGAUCAAGAAUUAGGAGACAUCACUGCAUAUCAGAAGCUGAUUGGGAAGCUCUUGUAUUUAACAAUCACACUACCCGACAUUAGCUUUGCAGUACAAACAUUGAGCCAGUUCAUGCAGAGUCCAAAGCAAUCUCAUAUGGAUGCAGCCUUAAGGGUGGUCAAGUUUAUCAAAGGAGCACCGGGUCUUGGAGUUCUUCUGCACGCAAAGCCAAUUGAUAGCUUGACUGCAUACUAUGAUGCAGAUUGGGCAGCCUGCCUUAAUACUAGGAGGUCUGUGACAGGAUAUAUUGUCAAAUUGGGGAGUUCUCUGAUCUCAUGGAAAUCUAAGAAACAACAAACAAUCAGUAUGAGCUCAACAGAAGCAGAAUAUAGAAGCAUGGCAGCUAUGGCAGCAGAGGUAACUUGGUUGUCAGGCCUUCUUGACGAACUAGGGAUAUCAAUCUCUAAACAUGUCCAAUUGUUCUGUGACAACAAGGAAGCUAUUUAA